UAUUGGUUUAUUUUUCAUGCCACUUCAUUCCACAAAAAGGUUUCAGAUAUCUUACAAAAAGACACACUAGAAAUAUUAAAAUACUAUCUGAACCAGAAGCAAAAUCAGGGUAAGCUAGCAGAAAGGCGUAUAAGCCAAAGGGCUCUACCCAGCUUUCAAAGCUGCCACGGCCGUGCGCAGUGGCUAUGUCUGUAAUCCCUGCACUUGGGGAGGCCGAGGAGGGAGGAUCGCUUGAGGCAACAAGUUCGAGACCAGCCUGGGCAACAGAGCAAGAUCCCGCCUCUACUAAAAAUUUAAAAAUCAGCCGGAAGCCAGAGGCUGGGGACAUGGCUGAGGAUCGCUCCCCCCUCCCUCGGAGGCCGGAAACCGAGGGUCACUCCCGCUCACUAGAGGCCGGAGGCCCCGGGCCGCUCCCGCCACCUCCGCGGACGAGCGCCGCCCCUUCGACCCCAUUCCCUGCGGUCUGGACGUUCAGGCCCUCUCGGUCUGGGAGAUUCUGGAGAACCACCCACGGGGCUUUAAAAAAUGUUGGUGCCCAACACGUCCCCGAAAUAGGGCCCGCCCUAUCUGGGUCGGGGAGCGCGGGACGUCCUGUCCACCUAGCGGCACCGUCCGCCGGUCCGUUUUGCGCAGGCGCGGCGCCCCCGCCCUUUAGACCCCAGCCCGGGCGUGGCGUGGUGCGCAGGCGCGAUGUCCCCAACUACCGUCUCCCUUUGACCCGGGAGUGGUGCGCGGGCCGGGUUUCCCCCCAGCUCUACCCCGGUGUGGUGCGCAGGCGCAGUCUGCGCAGGGACUGGCAGGACUGCGCGGCGGCGAUUACAGACAUUUCGGGGGUUCGGGGCCUGUCGCGACUGCUAAGCGCUCGGCGCCUGGCGCUGGCCAAGGCGAUGAGUCCCUGCCGCGAACCGCGGCAGGGCAGGCGGGGGCAAGGCGGCGGUAGGAGCGGGACGGUCCCCAGCGGGUCCGAGCGGAGCGGGCGCCAGAUUUCUGCUCAGUAUCCAGUAGUGGAUCAGGAAUUUGAUGCAGCGGUGGUAGGCGCUGGAGGGGCAGGCUUGCGAGCUGCAUUUGGCCUUUCCGAGGCAGGGUUUAAUACGGCAUGUGUUACAAAGCUGUUUCCUACCAGGUCACACACUGUUGCAGCGCAGGUUGGAAUCAAUGCUGCUCUGGGGAACAUGGAGGGGGACAACUGGAGAUGGCAUUUCUACGACACCGUGAAGGGCUCCGACUGGCUGGGGGACCAGGAUGCCAUUCACUACAUGACGGAGCAGGCCCCCACUGCCAUGGUCGAGCUAGAAUAUUAUGGCAUGCCGUUUAACAGCACUGAAGAUGGGAAGAUUUAUCAGCAUGCAUUUGGUGGACAGAGCCUCAGGUUUGGAAAGGGCGGGCAGGCCCAUCGGUGCUGCUGUGUGGCUGAUCGGACCGGCCACUCAAUAUUGCCCACCUUAUAUGGGAGGUCUCUGUGAUGUGAUACCGGCUGUUUUGUGGAGUAUUUUGUCUUGGAUCUCCUGAUGGAGAACGGGGAGUGCUGUGGUGUCAUCGCACUGUGCAUAGAGGACGGCUCCAUCCAUCGCAUGAGAGCAAAGAACACUGUUGUUGCCACAGGAGGCUGUGGGUGCACCUGCUUCAGCUGCACAUCUGCCCACACCAGCAGCGGCGAUGGCACGGCCAUGAUCACCAGGGAAGGCCUUCCUUGCCAGGACCUCGAGUUUGUUCAUUUCCACCCCACAGGUACAUAUGGUGCUGGUUGUCUCAUUACGGAAGGAUGUCAUGGAGAGGGAGGCAUUCUGAUUAACAGUCAAGGUGAAAGGUUUAUGGAGCGAUACGCCCCCGUCGCGAAGGACCUGGCGUCUAGAGUUGUGGUGUGUUGGUCGAUGACGGAGAUCCGCGAAGGAAGAGGCUGUGGCCCUGAGAAAGAUCACGUCUACCUGCAGCUGCACCACCUACCUCUAGAGCAGCUGGCCACGCGCCUGCCUGGUAUUUCAGACACAGCCAUGACCUUCACUGGUGUGGACGUCACGAAGGAGCCGAUCCCUGUCCUCCCAACUGUGCAUUAUAACAUGGACGGCAUUCCCACCAGCUACAAGGGGCAGGUCCUGAGGCACGCGAAUGGCCAGGAUCAGAUUGUGACCAGCCUGUACACCUGUGGGGAGGCCGCCUGUGCCUUGGUACAUGGUGCCAACCCCCUCGGGGCAAACUCACUGUUGGACCUGGUUGUUGGUCAGGCAUGUGCCCUGAGUAUCAAAGAGUCAUGCAGGCCUGGAGAUAAAGUCCCUCCAAUUAAACCAAAUGCUGGGGAAGAAUCUGUCAUGAAUCUCGACAAAUUGAGAUUUGCUGAUGGAAGAAGCAGAAGAACAUGGGAACUGCAACUCAGCAUGCAGAAGUCAAUGCAAAAUCAUGCUGCCAUGUUCCGUGUGGGAAGUGUGUUGCAAGAAGGUUGUGGGAAAAUCAGCAAGCUCUACAGAGACCUGAAGCACCUGCAGAUGUUUGACCGGGGAAUGGUCUGGAACACGGACCUGGUGGAGACCCUGGAGCUGCAGAACCUGAUGCUGUGUGUGCUGGAGACCAUCAAUGGAGCAGAGGCGCGGAAGGAGUCAUGGGGCGCGUACGCCAGGGAAGAAUACAAGGUGUGGAUUGAUGAGUAUGAUCACUCCAAGCCCAUCCAGGGGCAACAGAAGAAGCCCUUUGAGGAGCACUGGAGGAAGCACACCCUGUCCUAUAUGUACGUCAGCACUGGGAAGGUCACCCUGGAAUAUAGACCCAUAAUCAACAAAACUUUGAAGGAGGCUGACUGUGCCGCCAUCCCCUCAGCCAUUCGCUCCUACUGAUGAGACAAGAUGCGGAGAUGACAGAAUCAGCUUUUGUAAUUACGUAUAAAAGCUCCUGCCUGUGUCCAAGUCAUAACUGUCUUCAUACACUUCUGCACUCCGGGGAAGAAGGAGUACAUUGAGGGGAGAUUGGCACCCAGUGGCCAGGAGCUUGCCAGGAACCCAGUGGCCAGGGAGCGUGGCACUUAGCUUUGUCCCUUGCUUCAUUCUUGUGACAUGAUAAAACUGGGCACAGCUCUUAAAUAGAAAUGAACAAACUUUCUUUUAUUUCCAAAUCCAUUUAAAAUAUUUUACUGUUGUGACUUUAGUCAUAUUUGUUGACCUAAAAAUCAAAUGUAAUUAUCUUUGUAUUCUGUGACAUCAAAAUCCAGAUAUUUUGUUGUA